AUGUACAAGCGUUGCGAGGUACUGUUCCAGCAGAAGCAUGAUGCAUUGGAGUCUAAGGAACGGCUGCUUCAGAAACCACCUGUUAAUUGGCUUAGUGCUUUCCCUGAGAAGGCAGGUGCCAAGGAUGUCUUUAUUGACUACUUGGAUGUGCUGCAUGUGCUGACUGUAGAGACUUGUGCACGAGUCUCAACUACUGAGUCCUCUGAGCUUGCACUGCAGGGGUAUGUGGCAUGGCUUACGGUGUAUUGCCCUGGAGAAACAGUUAACAUGGAGUGUAUAAAUAGUGACAUAUGUGUUGGUGAGGCAGCUGUUAGACAAAAUGCUGUUGUGAAGGUUGUUUCUUUCCUCCAGUGCAGGUAUAGGAUAGAAAUAAUUGAUCUGAACUAUGGCCAUGAAAAAUAUGCUGGCAUUAAGUGUUCAUUGGCCCGAGAGAGUUACAUGUCUGCUCAGGAACGUGUGCUUGGCGUGCAAGGAACACUUCACUUGGCGCCUUUUCUAGACGAGCAUGAAUGCAGCACACCAAGAUCCCUCUGUAACAAGAUCCCAAGUGCAAGCCUACCACCUAAUACUCCUCGUAAGCGUAGAGCUCGUCCUACUUUCAAGAGGACAGGUGCAUCUAAUCAGCCUCCUGCACUUAACUUUGUUAGGGUCCCAUCAGACUUGGAGGCUGUUUUUAAGCACUACCCUGAUUACCCUUCAUCUUCUAAAACUAAAACUCGAACAAGUAAACGCAUACGAGGAAUUAUUGGAGAGCCCAAAAAAAAGAAACAAAGGAAGCCUAAACCUAUAGGGCCAGUUGGAGAUGCAUGGGAUGUUGGCCACCAAAUGCCAACAGCUCCUUUGGAAUUGGCAGCUCCUUAUUUAUGUGACAAAUGCUUGGCAAAAAAAUUUGCCUAUGAACCCCCCAAAUUUUGCUGUAGUGGUGGGGAGUGUGUGAUUGUUUAUAAUCAGCUUCCUCCUGAGAUUAUUAGACUGUUCACUGCAAAAGAUGAAAUCGCUGACCAUUUUCAAACAUAUGCGCUCAAAAAAGGUGUAUAUGCUUUUAAAUUACAUGGGCAGCUAUACCAUUUUGUGCCUGACUUGUUACCUGAUGGCACCCAGCCACAGUUCCUUCAACUUUACUUUUAUGAUUCUCAGCAUGAGGCUAAGCACCGACUUGACCUCUUCCCAGAGCUCCAGGCAGAUGUUAUUGCAAUACUGAUGGAAGUUAUGUCGCAUAACCCUUAUGCCAGAUUUUUUAAAUCUUUGAGGGAUAUUAAUGUCUCAGCUGAAACUGUGAUUACCCUCAACAAAAACCCUACUUUGGAUCAGCGGGUGUACAAUGCUCCGACAUCUGACGAGGUGGCUGCUAUAUGGACUGAUGCCAGUGCAUCCCAUGAACAAAGUACUCCUCACAUCACAGUGUACGGGAAAUCUACUGAGAGCCACCGUAUAAUGCAUUACUAUGGCUGCUAUGACCCUCUGCAGUACCCUUUAUUAUUCCCUCGUGGUGAUUGUGGUUGGCACCAAGGCCUUCUAAAAAUGUCUUCUUGUGGGCAGAUUCAUGAUCAGAGCUUUGUAGCCACAGUCGCUGCAGAUGGGGAUGAUGAUGUUGCUGCUGCUGCAUUGCUGCAAGGAGAUGAUCCAUCUGCUACUAAUGGCAAACGGGGUAGGUUUAUUUCUGCUAGGGAGUAUUAUGCCUAUCGUUUCCAAAUACGAAUUGGUAAUUAUCUGCUAAGAGCAGGACGACUGUUUUUGCAAUUCAUUGUGGACAUGUAUGUGAAGAUUGAAAAUACGCGCUUGGAUUUUUUCUGGAAAAACAAAAAAAAAAUAAGGGUUGAAUUAUAUCAAGGUCUUGUUGAUACAUUUGAUGGUGGAGAAACAAAUGCUUCUAAUGUUGGGCACUCAGUUAUAUUGCCCCCCACAUUCCUUGGGUGUCCUAGGGAUUUGAGCAGGAGGUACCUUAAUGCAGUUACUCUUGCGCAAAGGGCAAAACUUAUUGCACUGAAAAAGAAGAUUACAGAAGAAAAUGUCUUUGGUGAAGUGGCCACUUUCAUUUAUGUUGUGGAGUUUCAGAAGCGUGGCCUUCCACAUGUACAUAUGCUGAUUAUACUGAAACAAGGGUAUAAAAUCAAGGAACCAGCCUUGUAUGACAAGUUUACUUGUGCUGAGAUUCCUAGCAAUGACAACCCUCACUUGCGUAAAAUUGUUCUUCGCCAUAUGAUGCAUGGCCCUUGUGGUAAGGACGAUCCUAGCUGCUCCUACAUGAACAAGAAAAGGUUUGAAGGAAAGUGUAAAUAUGGUUACCCAAAAGCAUACAACGACACAACCACCAACAAUGAUAGUGGUUACCCUGCUUACCGCAUGCGCUUUACUGGUGAGUCUAUUCGAAUUAGGGGGAGAAGUCUAGACAACCAAUGGGUGAUCCCCUACAAUCCUUACUUGUCAGCGCUCUUUGAUUGCCAUCUUAAUGUAGAGAUUUGCUCCACAAUUCAAGCUGUGAAGUAUUUGUAUAAAUAUGUCUACAAAGGGCAUGAUAGAUGUUCUUUCAGUGUAACAGAAACAGGCGUGAGGCAACCUGUUGAUGAGAUUAAACAAUUUCAGUCAGGUCGUUGGGUGCACUUGCCAAACCAUCAUUCUGUUAGGUUUAAUGCUACUGACCAACUAGAGGAUGUAGUUGCUGACAGUAGAAGGGCCAGAACAUCGUUAACUGAGUUUUUCAAAAUGAAUGCUGCAUUUCCAGACAAGUCAAAAUAUCUAUUAGCCUUUGUUUCUCCAUCUGAAGGGGAGAGAUAUUUUCUCCGUCUUCUCUUAACGCAUGUAAGGGGUCCCACAUCAUUUGAAGACCUGCGUACUGUUAAUGGGUUUCUCUAUGCUACAUUCCAAGAAGCUACUGUUAAGUUGGGUUUACUUAGUGAAGAUGAUGUUGUGGAAAAGUGUAUGGAUGAAGCUGCUACUGCACAAAUUCCACGGGCACUACGAAGGCUAUUUGCAACACUACUUAUUUUUGGUAAUCCGCGUGAUCCUUUAGCACUAUGGCAUAAAUACUACACCGCUCUUUGUGAAGACUACAACUACUCAUUCAGAGGUGAGGAACAAAAAGUUAAAGCAAUAACAGUUCGGGAAGUGGAGCGAUAUUUAGAAGAGAUGGGCAAGACAUUACAAGAUUUUGGGUUGGAGUCUUUAGUCGUUCCUGCUGAUGAAGCGCUUACCACGACUAAAGAUAUUGCAGAUGCAUUAGACACACCUAUACCUAAUGAAUAUGUUGAAGCAAUUUCUACGUUAAACAGCAAGCAACAUGAGGCUUUCACUGCAAUUAUGAGCAAGGUCAACAGUGAAGAAUCGGGAGUCUUUUUCAUCGAUGGUCCUGGGGGCACGGGUAAAACUUACCUUUAUUGUGCUCUCUAUGCUGCCAUUAGACAGAUGGGCAAGAUAGUGCUUCCUACAACAACAUCAGGCAUAGCUGCAUCAAAUAUGGUCACGGGUCGGACAGCUCACUCGCGUUUUAAACUUCCUCUAGACCACACCGUGUCAAUGGCUUGCAAUGUAUCUAAGCAAAGUGGCCUUGCAGACCUAUUAAAAGAGAGCUCUUUGAUAAUUUGGGAUGAAGCUUCGAUGGCUUUGAAACAAAAUAUUGAAUCUCUUGAUCUAUUGCUUAGAGAUUUAUGUGAGGAAGAACAACCAUUUGGCGGUAAAGUAGUUGUUUUUGGAGGAGAUUUUCGGCAAGUUUUGGCUAUUGUGCCUAAGAAAUCUCAGAAAGAAGCAGUGGAAGCAAGUUUAGUUUCUUCUCAUUUAUGGAAAUACUUUACGCGUAUUAGGCUAAGUGAGAACAUGCGUGCACGGUCAGACCCAUUGUUCUCUAAUUUCUUGCUGGCUCUUGGAAAUGGUGAGCUCCAGGAAACAGAAACUGGAAACAUCCAAAUCCCUGAAGAGCUCCUUAUCCCAUUUGAAGAAGAAGGUGUUUCCUUGCCACACCUUAUUAAAGAGGUGUUCCCAGAGCUGUCAAAAGGUCACUUCAGCCCAGAAAUUUUCACCGAUCGCGCUAUACUAACACCUCUUAAUGAUGAUGUUGAUGAAAUCAACAGCCUACUUAUUGAAAAUCACCCCGGUGAAGCAGCAGUGUAUAAAAUCUUUGAUUCUUUGAUUGAUGAUAGUUGCAACAUCUACACAACUGAGUUUUUAAAUACUUUAUGCCCUGGAGGAAUGAGCCCACACUCCUUGGUUCUGAAACAGAACUGUCCUGUAAUUUUGCUUCGGAACAUAGCUCCAGCUUCAGGCCUAUGUAAUGGGACUCGACUCAUUUGUAAAGCAUUCUACCCAAAUGUUAUCCUAUCUGAGCUUUUCCAUGACUAUAAACAAAGCUCAAGGCCAAACUCUGAACAAGGUUGGGAUUUAUUUACGGCGUCCUUGUUUUUCUCAUGGCGGGAGCUUUAUGUUGGGCUAUCUAGAGCACGGAAAUCAAGCCAAGUAAGAGUGCUAAGUAAGCCUGUUAAUGAAAAACAAGAUGCAGAUGGUGUAAGGAAUGUUGUGUCUUUUGAUAUACUAUACAAGGCUGGGAUCAUAUCUGAAAAAUCUUCAAAGCUUUUCAGCAGUAUAUUACCAACAAAGAUUGAGGGUUUUUCUACCAAAGGGGCAAUCUGGAUACAUUUCUUUCCCAGCCUUUUGUACUUCCUGCAGUAG